AUGGGUCUGGUGAGGGGUCUGGCAGGUGAUGUUGCGAAACCGGCGAAACCUUUCUUGAUCUCCGCCGACAUGUUUGAUAGCACAGUCAAACGGAAAGCUGUGAUGCAGUUUGAUGCAAGCGCGGCGCAGACAGUACCAGCGCAGACAAUACCUGCAAUGUUACCGAAUGUGGUGCUCCAAACGGCCAGAGCUACAGUUUCUCAGCCGACCGCUGCAUCGCCUAUGCCGUUCCCUGGACUUCCUGUGCCUGUGACGACAGCAAUGACAUCUGUUUUCCCUGCGCUGCCUGGGACAGUCGGGGCUGUUGGGUCUCCUACGGCCCAGGCGUUCCCAGGCGCGGUGACUCAAAGCUGUUCCCCGAAAACCUCGCAGACAGUGGGUGCGUACCCGCUUUCCUCCAGCUCCUUGACCUCGCCGAUUGCCACAAGUUUGCCUUCUGGUGGGAAGGCGCAGGCAAUCAGCUGGAUGCCUGGCACUCCAAUCACUACAAGUGUGCAGCGACUUCAACCUGUCCGACUUCUUGCUCCGACAGUGAUCUGGCAGACACGUCCGACGUCAAUCUCUGAUAUGUCAGCUACUGCCCGUGCCGGCCAUGAUAUCUCCCCAAAAGCCUGGCAAGCAGCGUCAGACCCGCAAAGUCUUGAUGGCCUCGAAGGAGUCGAACAACGACUCCCCGAAUCGGAGGGACGCAUCGAUCGCAUCAUGCGCACCUCCAGUGCGUGCUUGCCGUCGCGGGUGAGGCUGGCAGCUCGUUCCCGCACAGUACACCCAAGACGACUCCUCCGGCGUCCACGUCGCUCGCGCUCUGCGGCUGUCAGUUGGCAUGACCAUGCCACCCCAAGUGUCGCACAUCCUUGGGACGUGUAUAUACAAAACUGCCUAGCCGGCCAGUUUGCAGAAAAGUCCAGCUCUCCGCUGCGUGCGCAGCAUGGCACUUCCGAGGUGCUGGUCUGGCACUGCAAACAUCCACAUGGCCUCUUCUCGAUGUUCUCCCUGGCGCUUGGUCACAUGGAGACCUGUGAGAAGACGGGCACAGCUUUGAUUGUGGACUGGUCUUCUGAAGAGUUGCUGUACAGAGGUCCUCCUGAGGAGCCCAAUGUUUGGAACGCAUUCUUCUGCCAGCCUGCUGAGCUGAAGAUGUCUCCGCAGGCCCUGCGCAGUGCGCUGUGUGCUGGACGGUAUAAGGAAACCAGCAGCCAACGAGUAGUCUAUGGAAAGUACAAGGGUGUCAUCCAGGACUACGGGGGCAUCCCGCAGCAGCAGGCGGCCCAAGGCCGUGCCUUGUGCAAGCGGAACCUCCUCUUGCGCCCAAGGUUUCAGCGGAAGCUUCAAGAUGCCAUAGACUCGCUGCCAUCUGGGCGCCGAUUGGCAGUCCACAUACGACGCAGCGACAAGGCCUGUGAGGCCGCCGCCAACUUCGAACUUUCAGACGAGGGUCUCAAACAGCGCAUCAUCCAGCAGUGCGCAGCUUGGUGCAUGGACGGCGUGCUCCUCUGCACCGACGAUGCAUCCCUGAAGCAGCGCCUCACUGAUGCCUUGGAGCCCGCAGGCUUGUCCGUCUCCACGUACAACUCUACGUUGCCCUCAGACAAUAGCAAGGCAGUUCACUUCGACAAGACUGUGGAUGCGUACAAAAAAGCAGAGGAUGUGGUGAUGGAGGCUUUUUUGAUGGCAAGAGGCUGUCACGGCUUACUCUCGACGUACUCAAAUGUGUCAGCUGCUGUCGUUUACCUCAGCCACGACAAAUACCCGUACACAACAUUCUGGGAUCCACUGGAGCCUCUGGCCAAUCAGCCUGCAGGACAAGACUGA